UUCUUCUUCUUUCUUCUUCCUCUCCAGACUCCAGCUCAAUCCAAAAAAAAGUCUUUCCCACCUUGUUGACUCCGUCUUCUUUAGAGAGAUGGCUAGGAGACCAGGCAGCUCCGCUUCUUCUUCACCCGCGAUGUCUCCGUCGCAUCGGCUGAACAGCGGUGGAGGAGGAAUCUCAGGCAAAAGCACGCUCCGGAAACAAAACGCCGCUGAGCUGCUCGCGAAGGUUAUGGAGAGGCGCGACUAUGAUUAUGAUUACGACGACGAUGACGACGGAGGCGAAGAUCUGUACCAGGUACAUCUUCCGCCUCUGACUCAGUCUCGAAGACGAGAUGAUAAUAAGCGUAUUGGUAAAGGUUCGGUCAACGGGAAAAACGCUCCGGCGAAGAAACCGGUCAUUCUUCCUCCGCCUAAAUUUGACGAUGAAUCCGACGGUGACGAAAUUCUACCCGAUGGUCCCCGGAAUCGAGUGAUAAUUCCUAAAAAGAACGCUAGGGAUCGGAAAGAAGCUCCGGCGAAGAAACCGGUCUUACUUACGCCGCCUAAAUUUGACGAUGAAUCAGAAGAUGAUGAGAUUACAUCUGAUGUUCCCCGUAAUCCAGUAGAGAUUAAGGGUCCGGUCAGCGGAAAAAUAAUAGCUCCGGCGGUGAAACCUGUCGUACUUCCGCCGCCUAAAUUUGACGAUGAACUCGACGGCGAUAAAAUUAAAGCUGAAGUGCCUCGGAAUCCAGUGGAGAUCACUACUGAAAAGAAUGGUAAGGGUGCACUCAGGGUUAGAGUUCCGGCGUAUUCCCGUCGGAAUCCGUUGGAGGAAUUUGAGCAGAACGGAGACGAGAAACUAAAUGUUCAAUUUGAUGUACCAGCAAAACAAUCGGAAGCUCAGUUAAAGUAUAAGAAAAGUUUUAGGUUUCGUCCUGCAGAUAUUUUAUCACAGAAUACCGAAGAUGAUCGAGAAGCUUCAGCCUUGCGUGAUGAAUUAGAUAUGCUUCAAGAAGAAAACGAUAAUAUACUGGAUAAGCUUCAGCGCGCUGAAGAAAGACGCGAAGCAGCAGAAGCAAGGGCCAAAGAGCUCGAGAAACAGGUUGCUUCUCUAGGUGAAGGAGCUAACUUUGAUGUCAAGCUCUUGAAGAGGAAAGAAGCAGCAUUGCGUCAAAGAGAGGCAGCAUUAAGGGCUGCUGAACAAAAAAGAGAUGGAAGAAGUAAGGAAACUGAUGCCCUUAGUUCAGAAUUUCAGAGCUUAAAAGAUGAAGCAGAGAAGGCUACAGAACAGCUCCAUGAGGCUGAAGCUGAAACAAAGUCUCUUCGGACAAUGAUACAUAGAACCAUUUUGACUCAAGAAGAAAUGGAGGAAGUUGUUCUAAAGAGAUGCUGGCUUGCUCGCUACUGGGAACUAGCUAUUCAACAUGGAAUAUGCGAUGAUAUAUCCACAUCAAGAUAUGAACAUUGGUCAGCGUCAGCUCCUCUUCCCUUUGAAGUUGUCCUCUCCGCUGCCCAAAAGCCUGAAGACUCAUGGCAAACAGGUGGUAGCGAUCGCACUUGGAGCAAAGUCGUCAGUAAUUUCAGUGAUGUCAAUGGAGAAGGAAACAUAGAGAGUAUGCUUGCUGUUGAAGCGGGUUUGCGAGAGAUAGCAUCCUUGAAGGUCGAGGAUGCUUUAAUGCUUGCACUUGCCCGGUAUAGACAAACAAGUGUGGUCCGACAAACCGUCAGUGAUUCCAGGGUGCAAGGGGAAUCUAAGUUCUCCGAAGCAUUUGAGUUGAGCGAAGAAGAGCAACAGGAUAUUCUCUUUAAAGAGGCAUGGCUGCUGUAUUUUUGGAAAAGAGCUAAAAUCCACGGAGUGGAAAGUGAUAUAGCAGAAGAGCGUCUUCAGUUCUGGAUCAAUCGUCUCGGCCAACAGCCAUCUUCACAUGAUGCAGUUGAUGUGGAAAGGGGAAUGAGGGAGCUAAGGAAGCUUGGAAUAGAACAACAGUUAUGGGAGACAUCACGUAAGGAACUCAUUGACUCCGCCUAUCUUCCUUCUCAUUCCGUUUCUGACUACUAUGAUGAGUGACCAGUGACCACCCCUCUAAUCUCUUUUUUGCGUCCAAUUUCCUACAUUCACGACACACACACAAACAAACAAAGGUAAUCAAAAUCACCAAAAUCACUAUUUUCUUUUCCACAAAAGGUUAGAAACACAGAAGAAGACUUCAAUGUAUGUACAUGCUUUUGCUUUCAAACUGUGUUCCUAUUGUUGUGGAUAUUUUUGACUUCCAUGUUGUUACUUGUAUAAUAUAUACUCUUCAUUACUUUACCCAAUACAAGUUUUUUGAAAACAAAAA